UCCAUCACUCCAUUGUUCAUGUUUGCUUGCUUCCAUCAUGAGUGCUUCAUUUGCAAGUUAUCCUUGGCCAACCAUGUUUAUGUUCAUGCCAUGCCUACAAGAGCAGUCAAGUUAUACAAAAAAACAGCAGGUCAUAACCACUUCAACCCAACCAAAGACAAUGAUUCAUUGCUACACACCCAACUCUGGAUAGAUCCUAAGGAGGAGUUUAUGCAGUAUGUUCAUACUGGGGACCCUGUAGAUUUGACUUUCAGUGUAAAAGAACUGAAGGCAUUUCUUUCAUUUUGCGAGGGCUGUGAAACUGAUAUCCAUUUACAUUUUGAGAAAACUGGCGAACCAAUUCUCAUGGCACCUAAAUUUGGUUUGGAAGAUGGGUCCAAUUCGAAUUUUGAUGCUACCCUUUUACUGGCAACCAUGUUAACAUCUCAGCUUCAUGAAGGCGCAGCAUCAGAACCUCCAGUGGUGCCUAACAAUACACAUGCUCGAACUGAAGAAAGAAAUGAAUCUCCAUUGCAGCAAGAGAACUGCAGAUUGAAUGCAUCAGAGCUUCCGUCUGACCACACCCGUAUUUGGUCAGACCUUUCAGCAGCUGCAGUUAAGAAUACUAGUGCCAUGGAAGAAAGGCAGGCCCAAGAAAGAACAACUUUGAAUGAUAACGAACAAAGAGAAAUUCAAAAGAUUAGUGCAGUGCAAAUUUCAAGAGGAAAAUUAGCCGCAGGAAAUAAUCCCAGGGAUUCCAAUUUCUGCCUACCAACUGAAAAUGAUCAUGUACAAGAGCCUCAAGAUAUGUUGCCAAAUCAUGGUCAACAAUACCUAUUGCAAGUCCAUGUGUGCUCCCUUGCUUACUUCAAAUGCAAGUUUCCAUUCAUGUCCAUGAGUGAACCUACAAAACCAAAGCCAAGUCAUGUGCCAAAACUGCAGCAAGACCAUGAAUGUCUGCAACUGUCUCAAGCCAUAGGCCAUACCUGCUGA